UGCCCUUACCAAAAGCUGAGCGGAUAUUAGCACAUGCCCCCGAAUUUUCUAGCUUGCAGAACUGUCAGCUAAAAUAAACCUCUUUUCUUUGUACAUCAUCCAGCCUCAGGUAUUCUGUUAUAGCAACACAAAAUGGACUGAGAUAUCUGGUGACUUUGCCCUUGGUGUCAUGUGUAAAUAGAUCAUUUGCAAAAUGACUUCAUAAUGGGGUCUGAGGUUCUCAUAAGGGGGCCACAGCCUUCAGUUCAGCAAGAGAACUGAGCCUUUAGGGGUUUGCUGGUAAAAUCUUGACUGAAGAAACUCAACUGGAUGAAUCACAUUGUUCCUUACAGAAAAGAUGAAAACUUUCUUCGUGGCUAUCUUGGCUACUGGCUAUUUCUCAUAUAUUUUGGGUACUGGUCUAUCUAUGGACAUUCCGUGUGAUCAUUACCAAAAGAAGUCUGAACAACAGAAACGCAUAUGCUCCAUAAGAGUCAGCCUAGUAUGUGCUUCUAAUAAUGUGACAUAUCCUAAUUCCUGCGUGUACUGCUUUGCUAACAUAGCUUUGAAUUUCACUCUUGGAAUUCAAUACCGAGGAAAAUGUGGAAAGGCCCCAAAAUCUUGGAUAUGAUGUGAUUUUCCUUUGUUCGUCAUGAUAGAAGCCAUUUGAAUUAAGCAUCAUCUUUCCUUCAUAAAGCAGAAUUUAUUAUAUUACUUUAUUUUUUAAGAAUCAAUAAAUCUUAUCCUCUGGAAAGCUCCUCUUUGACUUGAAAUAAAUUCAAUGAGAUGUGCCAGAACUGUGUUUGGUUCUAGAAAUUCAGAGCUGAUGAUGAGCAACUCAUAAUGUAAUAGACUAAUUAGAUAAUUCAGUCAUUUAUUUAGUACAUAUUCUUUAAGUACUUUAUGAGAUUGAGAAACUUGGUUAGCCUUUCAGUUUUCAGUGGUAAUCAAAAGAGGUUUGGGCAAUUUUGCAUUUUACAAGGUAGUGAAGGAGCAAGAAAACAAAUGAAUAUCAAAUAAUACGAUAAAAUGUGUGAAAAAAGUAAGACACCCUAAUAGCAUCCAGGAGCUGACCUUGGCAUUGGUAUAGGUUGGCCUCCUACUUAUACCUGAGCCUCAAUGUUCUACUAUUUGAGAUAAUUAAUUUCAUAGAACAUUUACAUCUGAUAAAGGUAUGAUGUAACUAUGAUGAAUCAAGACAAAGACAAUACCAUUCCAUAAUCAUGUAUGAACACAGCAAAACAUGAACAUUAGCCAAAUCACAAAAUACCAAACAUUCUCC